GCAUCUCAUUUUAUGUAUCAAACGUUUGCAUACACGUUGGUUUGCGCUUCUUGUUCGCUCAGCGGCACCGCGUCGAGAACGGUUUGUGUAGACAUCAAUUUCUGCCCAGCAGUUGAUCGUACGACAAGAGGUAAAGAAAAAGAUUACGAAAAAGGAGGACACUGAGGGGAUCGUCUUUGACAUGUCCGUUCGCGCUGUUGGGUGGCUCCAGUCCAAACUGGGGCUCGACAUUGGCGCUCGCAGCGCAGACGGCGACGGCGGCGGCCACACCGACAGCCUCCCCACUACGGAGCUCGCCGGGUUCGCCUCCACGGACAACCGCAGCUCCAGCGUCGACGCGAUUGCCGGCACGGCGGCAAACGGCCAGAGCGAGGACGCAGACCACACCUUCACCGACGCGGCGAGCCAGUGGGAGGCGAAGCUGGGCCGCGUGUGGCGGCAGGCGAAUGAGAAGGCGACACGUUUUUGGAACACCAACGUGCGCAGCGGCGGUAGUGGAGGCAGCCGCAACGACCCCUUUGGGUUUGGCGCUGGUGGUGCCCAGGGCGGCGGCGGCAACGGCGGCACGGGCGACGGCCCGGAGCUGGAUGAGAACGGGCUACCCGUGACGAAGAACUGGUACUACUUCGACGCCAACCUCGGCCGGUGGACCGUCUCGGCGGAUGCCCCGCAGAGUGUGCAGCGGGAGUACUACGAGCAGCUGGAGGAGGCCGAGAAGGAGCGGACAGGGCAGCGGACGAUCCUGGCCCCGCCUCCACCUCCGCCUCCGCCGCCGGCUGGGAUGCAGCGACCGCCAGCGUCGAUGAACGUCGGCGCCCCGCCACCUCCACCGGGUGCGAAGUCGGUGCCGGGCGGCUUGUUUGGCGGCGGCGGCGCACACGUCGGGCGCGGUCCGCAGUAUGCGUUACCCGACUACUUCGGCAACGCCGCUCCUGCCCCGCAGCCGCCGUACCCCGGCGCCCCCUCUCAUUCUCAGCAAACGGCGCCGCAACAGGCAAAUCACUACGUGGCGAGCUCCGCGUACUCGGGCACCGCGGCGUCCGCACCAAUCCGCAGCUCCCCCUAUCCGCCCGCUUCCCUGUCCCCACCCCAGGACUUUCGACCGCCCACGCAAGCCGCUCAGUCAUCGCCACCAACCGCAGCGACGGGGCUGCCAGCGAGGCCCUCUGGCUACGCCACCGCACCGUACCCGCCCGCCGCGGCUGCACAUCCCCUAUAUCCUUCUGCGGCCGCGCCGCAGCCGGCUCGAGCGCCGACGGCGGUGUCGCGCGGCUCCGCGUCGCCUUCCAACUCGUCGGUGCACGCCUCCUACGCCGCCCCCUCGCUGCCGCCGUGGGGGGCACAGGGGUCGUCGUCCCCUCCUUACGACGCGUCGGCGUCCCCCCCAGCAACGAACAUGAAUAUGCUGCGGCCGCGGUCCCACUCGGAGAGCCAGGAGUACCCACCACCACCACCUCCACCACAGCACUGUCCGCAACAGCAACUUUAUAGUGCCUACUCCCCUCCGCAGGGCAGCCUCAACACGUACGGCUCUAGCUUACCUGAAACUACAGACAACUUCUCGUCUUUUGUGCCCACUGCACCUCUUACGCAGGCGUCAUACAAUUGUUCUACUUCCGCCCCUGUGAACUGGAGCAGCAACGCCAGCCUGCACGCGCAAGGUGACCCGAUCGGGUCUACUCAUGGUUCGGCACCGCUCAUGCCGUUGCCCACUGCCGUUGCCACCGCCACAAGCUCGAACAUCGCAAGCGGCGCUCCGUCAGCCAUGCGAUCCUCUCCUCCUCCUGCCUGGCAAUCACAGGCCUCUGCGCCUCAGCCACCGCAGCCGCCACCGCCGCAACAACAAGCACCACCGUCGCUGCGCACGGCAUUAGCGCAAAGCAAUCCAUUUGCGCAACGUCCAGGUACAAACUCCGUCAUCGCCGCGCCCUCCACACAGACGCUGCCCACACCACAGCAACCGCAAUAUGCGACUCAGCUCGCAAUGGCACCGGCGGCCCCUGCUCCAGCCCCCGCGGCAGCACCAACUCCAGCACGGCUUCCUCCGCCGCCGCCGUCCUUCAAACCGUUCACUCCCUCGUAA